UACACCCGGGGGAAGGUGUUCCCGAGACCGCUCCCAUCCUCACCCCGCCUCCCCGCUUCCCCGGCUCCAGCCUCCGCCGGCGGAGCUCCACUAUGCCAGACAGUUUCGACACUUUGCAAAGACAAAGACCAGAGGGAGGAGGAAGAGGAGGACAGGGAGGGCGAGGAGGAGGAGGGAGAGGAGGACGGCGCGAUGUGAGCCGGGAAGGGGGCCAGUGCUCGGGACAACCCCCCCUUUAGUCUCCGCGGAGCCCCUCAUCUCCAAAGCCGCGGAAACUCCAGCGUGUCUCCGGCUGCGUUGGGACCGUUUUCAGACUCCACCUUUCUGACCUGGAAAUGCCAGAAGUGAUCAUCAUCGCCAGGGGCUGUGGCGAGCAAACGUUUUGAGCUUUGUGGCCAGGACCGGAAGUGGACAUUCCCUGGGCAUACUUAGAUGAAGAAGCCGAGGCUCAGAGAGGUUGAGGCACUCCCCCCGAGAUCGCACAGCUGGAGACAGACGGCCCUCAGUGCCUUCGUCAAGCAGGCUGCUUAAUGGUGACAGCGUGGGAAAGACCGGGUUGUAAUUGAGUAUCAGCACACAUCAUCCCUUCCAGAGGACGGUGGCAAAGACACCUUCCCUCUCUCCUGCACCGUGACCCUUCCUUUGAGGUCCUCACCACCAACCCCCUCCGAGAGUCCCUGCCUCUGUCACAAAGAUUAAUUGCCCCUCAACCCCUUUGGAUGGGAACGGAAAUCAUAUUAUUAAGUUUGAUUAAAGCUUCGAGAGACACUAUUGGCUGUUUAAGGACUGCUGACCAAGCCGCCUGCUUAUCUCCUGGAAAGACAGAUUAUAUGCGAGGGGAAUCAACCUCACCCCGAGUGGUCACUUAGCCGCCGGCCGUCACAGGGUGAUGUCCGGCACACUGGGGUGGCCGCUGGCCCGCGGGAGCGAAGUCGGCCGCAGUCCCCCUGGGAGUCCCCGCCUCGCCUUGUGACCGAGCCUCCGUCUCUGGGAUUUUUCUUCUGCGUCCCCCCCGCCCCCCACCGCCCCCGCUCCCGGGCGUGAUUUCCUCCAGCCCGUCCCUGGGAGGCGUCCUUCCGGACAGAGCAGAAAUGGUGACCGUGAGGAAAAGGACUCUCAAAGUGCUUACCCUCCUUGUCCUCUUCAUCUUCCUCACCUCCUUCUUCCUGAACUACUCCCACACCACGGUGGCCACCACCUGGUUCCCCAAGCAGAUGGUCGUCGAGCUGUCCGAGAACUUCAAGAAGUUCAUGAAGUACGCGCACAGGCCCUGCACGUGCGCCCGCUGCAUCGGGCAGCAGAGGGUCUCGCCCUGGUUCGACGAGAGGUUCAACCGGUCCAUGCAGCCGCUGCUCACGGCCCAGAACGCGCUCCUGGAGGAGGACACCUACAGCUGGUGGCUGAGGCUCCAGCGGGAGAAGCAACCCAAUAAACCUAACGAUACCAUCAAGGAGCUGUCCAGUGUGGUGCCUGGGAACGUGGACCCCCUGCUGGAGAAGAAGUCGGGGGGCUGCCGGCGCUGUGCCGUGGUGGGCAACUCCGGGAACCUGAGGGAGUCCUGGUACGGGCCUCAGAUAGACGGCCACGACUUCGUGCUGAGGAUGAACAAGGCCCCCACAGCGGGCUUUGAGGCCGACGUCGGGAGCAAGACCACGCACCAUCUGGUGUACCCCGAGAGCUUCAGGGAGCUGGGGGAGAACGUCAGCAUGGUCCUCGUCCCCUUCAAGACCACCGACCUGGAGUGGGUGGUCAGUGCCACCACCACGGGCACCAUCUCUCACACCUACGUCCCUGUCCCCGCGAAGAUCAGAGUGAAAAAGAAUAAGAUCCUGAUUUAUCAUCCGGCUUUCAUCAAAUACGUCUUUGACAACUGGCUGCAGGGCCACGGGCGAUACCCAUCCACCGGCAUUCUGUCCGUCAUCUUCUCGCUGCACAUCUGCGAUGAGGUAGACUUGUACGGCUUCGGGGCAGACAGCAAGGGGAACUGGCAUCACUACUGGGAGAACAACCCAUCGGCGGGGGCUUUUCGCAAGACCGGGGUGCACGAUGGAGACUUUGAGUCCAACGUGACGGCCACCUUGGCGUCCAUCAAUAAAAUCCGGAUAUUCAAGGGGAGAUGACGCUGCAAAGGAGAACUGAGGCACGCCUCUCUGUGUCCAGCCCCAGCCUCUCGCUGGGGCCGUUCUGUCCUGGGAGCUUUGAGGGCCAGCCUCGGGGGUGGGGGCGUUCAGGUGCCCCUCGCGGCCUCCCGCGAGCCAACAUUUGGCAGCGUCUGCUCAGCAAGGUCCCCGAGCCCCGCCGGGUCUGCGAAGGAAGUCUCAGAACUGGUCUUAGGUGGAGAGGGCCCCUCACUGCUGGCCCGGAGCUGGAGGGAGGUGGGGAGAUGCGGGGGAGGGUCCAGUCUCCAAACACCGAGGUCCCUUUGGCUUCUGGGGAGGGGGCAGAUACUUGGGACUCUGUGUUCUAAAGGAAAGGACAGUUUUCCGGGACGGAUGGGCGGAGACUUUUCCUCUGCCCGGGGACCCAGGGAAGACCUCAGGACAGAGCCGUGUUGGACCAUGUGGACACUGGGGGCAAGAUGGCACCUUUCUUUGCACGAUGCCCGGCCCCUCCCUCACUUGGCUCGACAACCCCCCGCCCCCCGCCGCCCCGCUGUCGUCCCAAAGCUCAUUUAUGGUGGCCGGAGAGGCUCCCCGCCCCGAAGGUCUUCACAGACUCGUGGAAGAGCGUUUCAGGCCCCGGCAGAUGUCUUCUUCCCCAGCCGAUGUCCCUGGAGCGAUGGAUCUUUGUGGCUGUAACCGUGGCUGAGAGCAGAUCUGACCACUUCCGCGUGCCUUUGCGUCUGGGGAGAAACACGCGCAUUGGCCGAAACAAGGCAAAAGCCUUGACUCGGGAGAGGGGACCCCCAGCAAUGCCGCCCCCUUGCCCUAUAGCUCGGGGGCAUCUUUUCUAGUUUCCUGAGGCAGCGCCUGAGUUGGAGCAGAGCUAGGAUGACGGGCAGUGCUGUCCAGAGGCGCGUCAGCCGUGGAACAUCAUUCUUGCUUACAUUCACAGACAGUUGGAUGUGGCGCCCAUGACCUUCCAAGGCCACGCGUAUAACCUCCACCAGCCGGCACUUUCCCCAGGAAACCCACGCUCUGGGCCACGUCCCUGCUGGCCACCUGCACGGUGUCCUGAGGGCUGCAGGGCCAUCCCACGAACAUGAGUUUCAGAGCGGGAGAAGACAUACCUCAUUCUCUCCCUCCCGGGCUGCUCUGAUCUUUCCUCUUCGGCCUUCCUGAUUAUUUAUUGAUUUCUUCUUUUAACUCCGCUGACGUCGUGUGCACUUUGUGGCUCUGUGGCUGGUCCUGAUGGCUUAGUUGAGCUUGUUCUUGCUUCGCCUGGCAGCCGGGGAGUGGGGGAGCUUGGAUCUAGGUUCUUGGGGAGCUUCAGACUCGGGGUGGGGGGCGUCUAGGGCUUGGGGGCUUGCCGGUGGGCAGAUCCCAGGGUUUCAGGUUGGCAGCUUUGCGGGGUGCUCCGUACCUCCUUCCCUUCGGCCCCACCUUCCUUCCUCGUCAUUGUGGAUUGGAUUCGGUCUCGGGCUAAGAAUCUCCAAAACAGAGCGGGACUCCCUUGGGGCCGGGUGGGGAGUGGGGUCACACGUAUAGGAGGACAGUGAUUGUUGGCUCUAGUUACUGACCCUUAAUCAGAAAAAGCAUUUUUCCUGUUGAGAGCAUUUGCUAACAGGUCAUGCCACCUUGAGGAGGCGUGACAGCUUCCUGGGGGAGCGUGAGGCAUGCCAGUCUCAGAAGCCACGGGGCCUGUCUCCUGCGCUCUUGCGGCUCUCUGGCAAGCCCCGUUCUCCCGGCUGCAGCCUCUCCCUCUACAAACAGGGAGGGAGGCAUGUUGUCAGCUCCGGGGCCACAGGUGGUGUUGGGCAGUUCCCAGGGGUCCCCAGAAAUGGCAUGCCGCGUUUGUCUCCCCCCAAGCCUGUGCAUAUGAGCACCGUCACUGGGAGAGAUUCCUUAGCCUUUAUUAGAUUCUCAGAGAUUCAGAAUCCAGAAUGUGAUGUAUAAAAACAAAACAAAACAAAAAAAAACAACAACACA